GAAUAAGUACACUUCGAUAAGUAGACUACACUGUGCACUUAGAUCCUCAGUAUGUACUCAAAAUAUUUAGUGUAAAUGUGCCAGUGUAACGCACUUAUGCACUCAAACGACUUAGUGUAAGUACACAAGUGUAACACACUUAUGCACUCAGACGACUUAGUGUAAGUACACAAGUGUAACACACUUAUGUACUCAAAAGACUUAGUGUAAGUAUACCAGUGUAACACACUUAUGCACUCAACAGACUUAGUAUAAGUACACAAGUGUAACACACUUAAGUACUCAAAAGACUUAGUGUAAGUAUACCAGUGUAACACACUUAUCCACUCAACAGACUUAGUGUAAGUACACAAGUGUAACACACUUAUGUACUCAAAAGACUUAGUGUAAGUACACAAGUGUAACCUACUUAUGCACUCAAACGACUAAGUGUAAGUAUGCCAGUGUAACACACUUAUGCACUCAACAGACUUAGUGUAAGUGCACAAGUGUAACCUACUUAUGCACUCAAAAGACUUAGUUUAAGUAUGCCAGUGUAACACACUAAUGUACUCAAAAGACUUAGUGUAAGUACACAAGUGUAACCUACUUAUGCACUCAAAAGACUUAGUAUAAGUACACAAGUGUAACGCACUUAUGCAUUUAAAAGACUUAGUAUAAGUACACAAGUGUAACGCACUUAUGCACUCAAAAGACUUAGUGUAAGUACACAUGUGUAACACACUUAUGCACUCAAAAGACGUAGUGUAAGUACACAAGUGUAACCUACUUAUGUACACAAAGGACUUAGUGUAGUUAUGCUAGUGUAACACACUUAUGCACUCAAAAGACUUAGUAUAAGUACACAAGUGUAACGCACUUAUGCAUUUAAAAGACUUAGUAGAAGUACACAAGUGUAACGCACUUAUGCACUCAAAAGACUUAGUGUAAGUACACAAGUGUAACCUACUUAUGUACUCAAAAGACUUAGUAUAAGUACACAAGUGUAACACACUUAUGCACUCAAAAUACUAAGUGUAAGUAUGCCAGUAUGAAACACUUAUGCACUCAAAAUACUUAGUGUAAGUACAAAAGGUGUGUUGUACAGGAAGUGUUAGCAGUGUGCUAGUUAGUGUACUUCAUAAGGUAAAGAAAUGAUGGAGUGUGUUGACAGAGGGCAUGGUGGAGGUCACUAAGGAAGGUAAAAAACUUUGCACCAUCGGACCCGGCAAGGUCUUUGGAGAACUCGCCAUCUUGUACAACUGCACACGGACGGCCACAGUAACAGCACUGACCGAUGUGAAGAUGUGGGCCAUCGACCGUCAAGGGUUCCAGACCAUCAUGAUGAGGACAGGUCUCAUCAAACACUCUCAGUACACUGACUUCCUGCGCAGCGUUCCAUCUUUCCAGAGUCUCACAGAGGACGUUCUCAGCAAGCUGGCUGAUGUUCUGGAGGAGACCCACUACAGCGAUGGCGACUACAUCAUCCGCCAAGGUGCCACAGGAGACACCUUCUUCAUCAUCAGUGAGGGUCAGGUCAACGUAUCGCAGCAAAGUGCCUCCAGUGGCGAGCAGGCGCCGGUGAAGACGUUGUCCAAAGGGGACUGGUUCGGCGAGCAGGCGCUGAAAGGCGAGGACGUCCGCACCGCCAGCGUGACUGCCAUCGGCUCCGUCACGUGUCUGGUGGUGGACAGAGAGUCCUUCAAGCAGCUGAUUGGCGGCCUGGAGGAGGUCAACAACAAGCAGAGCGAAGACGACGAGGUCAAGGCCAAGCGCCAGGCGGAGGACGACUUCUUCUCCAACGUGACGCUGGGGGACUUCAGCGUGGUCUGCACCCUCGGCAUGGGGGGCUUCAGCCGCGUGGAGCUGGUGCAGCUGAAGAGCCAGGCCGGCCGCUCCUUCGCCCUCAAGGUUCUAAAGAAGCGUCACAUCCUGGACACCAGCCAGCAGGGCCACAUCCUGUCGGAGCGCCGCAUCAUGAUGGAGGUCCACAGCCCCUUCAUCAUCAGGUUGUACCGGACCUUCCGGGACCCCAAGUACUUGUACAUGCUGCUGGAGGCGUGUCUCGGAGGCGAACUCUGGACGGUGCUACGAGACAGGGGAUCGUUUGACGACGGGGCCACCAGGUUCUACACGGCGUGCGUCAUCGAGGCCCUGGCAGAGCUGCACACCAGAGGGAUCAUCUACCGAGACCUGAAGCCUGAGAACAUCAUCCUGGACCACAGAGGCUACGCCAAGCUGGUGGACUUUGGCUUCGCCAAGAAGGUGGGUCUGGGCAAGAAGACGUGGACCUUCUGCGGGACCCCCGAGUACGUGGCCCCCGAGAUCAUCCUGAACAAAGGUCACGACAGCUCGGCCGACUGCUGGUCGCUGGGAAUUCUCAUCUUCGAGCUGCUCAGCGGCAGCCCGCCGUUUUCUGGUUCCGACCCGAUGAAUACGUACAACAUCAUCCUGCGGGGCAUCGACAUGGUGGAGUUCCCCAAGAAGAUCACCAAGAGCGCCGCCAACCUCAUCAAACGACUCUGCAGGGACAACCCGUCUGAGCGUCUGGGCAACCAGAAGAACGGCGUGAAGGACAUCCAGAAGCACAAGUGGUUCGAGGGCUUCAACUGGGACGGCCUCCGCCAAGGCACCAUGGACUCGCCGUUCACGCCCAGGGUGGACGGCCCACUGGACCACAGCAACUUUGAUGACUUCCCCGUGGACACGGAGGAGCCUCCUGACGAGGAGUCUGGUUGGGACCUGGAGUUCUAAAUACAUCUUCCACCAUCAGUGCUUUUAUUGUGAAGGGUCCUGGUCAUUAAAAGUUGCUUUUUUCCAAAGUA